UGACGCUAAGUCUCAUGGUUAAUGUUUUGGUGCUUUUCAAAACCAGAAACUAACUGUAUAACACGGUGUCUUAAUACAAAGCUCGAAACAUUUGUAACCCAUAGUCACUAUAAUAGCCGAAUUGAUUUUUUAAUGUUGAAAAUAUUCAAUAUGUACGUUGCAAAGCAAUAUACAUAUAGCAAAUAUACACUAUGAUUCAGUAUCGCGAAUAGUCGACUAUUGAGAAUAAUUUCCGGAGCCACUUGUAGGAUCCCCUUAUGACCAUUUCCUGACAAACCGAAAGAAAACGGGAUAGCCGGUCAAAGCAUCGGAGUUGUGGCUGGCCACGGAAAUAUUUUGUUAAAAAGUAUUCUUUUAUUAGAAAAGUGUAUGAAUUGAUUUUAGUUGGCUUCAAGUUGAUAUUCUGUGAACUAGGCUCCAGACUACGUGGUUGUAAAAUCUAAGUGACAACAACUGAAUGGUUCAUGCGGUCAGGUCAGGGGUUCUAGUGUGUUUGUGAUGGACCUGCAGCUACUGUCCCGCGUGGAUGACGAGCUGGAUUCGUCUGAGGUGGCUGCCCUGUGCUUCCUGUCCAGAGAUGUACUCAACAGAAAAAGCCUGGAGAAGGUGAAGGAUGGGCGUGACCUUUUCCUAAGGCUGAAGGAGAAAAGCCUGUUGGAGGAUCACCAGUUCCUUUCUCAACUCCUCAAAGUCAUUGGUCGAGUAGACUUACUCCUCCUCCUCGAGACUGAUAGUAGACAGCCAGAGCAACCGGCAAACACACAAACUGACGCAAGUCCCAUCCUCUCACAGUACAGGGUGAUGUUGUACGAGGUGUCAGAAGAUGUAACUAUGGAGUGUCUCACUAAGAUGAAGUUUCUGCUGACUGGGAAACUGCCCAGAGGACGACUAGAUCCCUGCAAUACUGCUCUGGAGGUGCUAUGUGAGAUGGAGAGGCAGGGACUGCUGACAGAGGACAGACUGGAUGAGCUACAGAGCAUAUUGGAGCAGUGUGACACACAGCUGGCCUUCAAAGUAUGGAAGCACAUUGAAGCACGCCUGUCAAUGCAAGGGUCCUCUGUCCAGCAGUUCAGCUCUUACCAGACACAUGAUCCCCCACUGUCACUUCAGACCCUGUCUAUAUCGGAAACAAGUCCCAUCCGUGAGCCGGGGCCAAUCAUGAGUUUGUCCUCCGAUGCACUGGCAGAGCCUCAGACUAGGCCAGAUCAGAUGGACAGCUAUCUGAUGACCAGUAAUCCCAGAGGAACAUGCUUCAUCAUCAAUAACAACCAUUUUAAAAGCACCUCCAAACUGUAUGACAGACCAGGAACUGAGAAGGACGAGAGUGCUCUGAAAAAUGUGUUCACCAGCUUGGGUUUUCUAGUGAAGGUGAGACAUGACUUGACAAAGGCCAUCAUGUUGAGGGAAGUAGAGGAACUGGGAAGGCAGACUCACGUAAAUGCAGAUGCUUUGGUGGUGUGUGUCCUGUCUCAUGGGGAGAAGGGGUGUGUCUUUGGGACAGAUGGCGAGGAGGUGCCCAUCCGCUCACUCACAUUCCCCUUCACCAGUGCACGUUGCCACUCUUUGGCAGGCAAACCCAAACUGUUCUUCAUCCAGGCCUGCCAGGGAAAGUGGUACCAGCAAGGGGCAUUACUGCCCCCUAUACCGCAGGAAGAGAAGGGUUGUUAUGAAGCGGAUGCCGGUACCAUCGAGUCAGUCCCUUCAGAUGCAGACUUCCUGAUCGGUAUGGCAACAGUGGAGGAACAUAAGUCAUUCCGGAACACUAUGCAGGGUUCUAUCUAUAUCCAGGAACUCUGCAAACAGCUGCGGUGGGGAGCGGACAGUGGGGAGGACAUCCUGUCUGUGCUGACGCGGGUCAAUCGUGAGGUCAGCAGGGGAGUUUAUGGAAUUUGGAAACAGAUGCCUGAGCCCAAGUACACUCUCACCAAGAAACUUUUCCUUUCCUACCUCUGAAACAUCCACUUGGAAUGGACUGUCGUGAUCAUUCCAGGCUGCAGCAUGUCUCCGUCAGUGUGGUGACCAUUGCAGGUCCACAUUUACAAUAGCUCGCAUUUCUGUUUUAUGUGUAAUUCAUUUAGAAGAAUCUGUAGAUUUUUUUUUCUCCAAUUUUGUGUGCAAAAACACUCUACUGUUUCGAUCUGAUGUAACAAUAAAAUGUGGGUAAGUCAAAGGAGGGUGAAUACUUUUGAGAUUUCAUUUAGUAGAUGCUAUUAUCCCCCCAAAAAAAGAUUAAGUUCAUGAGAUCCAUACAUUUCUAUAUGACAUUAUGGCGGUUAAGGUAUGUUUAAUUGUCGGUUGGACAGAACUGUGUAUAAUAACCUUAUAUGGUUCUACCCAUGCUGGUAAUGGAGAAAUUGGGCCUCUUUUUUAUCAACAGUAUGUUACUUUAAAUUCAAAGACCAUGACAGAAACACUUCUGGAGUCCAACUCUUGAUAAAAUAUAUAUUUUAAGGUGAUAGAAAAGACAGUUAAGAAAAUAUAAUUGUAUAAACAUUCCCAAACAAAGUGAACUUUGAUGUGAACUCAUGGUUCUUGCAAUUCUGAGAUCAAUCUUCACAUAUCAUAUUUUGGUUAAAUUAAAACCAAGUGGUUUUGUUUAAAAAGUUAAAAAAAAUGUAAUAAAAAGUGAAUCAUC